AUGUCCACAGUACCCCCAGUGCCCCAGUGGACUCACGAUUUAACUAAAAUGAGUCAAAAUGAUUUCCAAUCGAUCUGUAAACUUGCAAUGUCUCAUCCUGAAACUACUACAAACAAGACUCCAUCCACAGAAAUGACGGAACCUAAACCAUGUUUCUUGAAAUCUCCUACAGGAAUGAAGACAGAAGACAACCAGACUGCUAUGGCAUGUUCUCCGUGGUCGAACGCAAAGACUAUUGGACGAUUCGUGCAUUUCCUUCGCUGUUCGACAUGUGGUCUGGAGUCCAUUAACAAAACAAGGUUUGAUAGCCACCUUCCCUGCAGUAAUGAAUCUGCUGGCAGUGCCGACCAGAAAAACUACCUUCUCCAUACCUGCUCUGUUUGUUUUGCAUGUUCUACCUCCCAGAGUCUCAUGGAUGAGCAUAUUGAUCUCUUCCACAAAGGAUCUCAGGUUGAACUCAUCAAAACUCAGGAGUUGCUAAAACCAGCCAGUAUGAAUCCAACUACUACUGCUGCCUCGAAUACUCCCAGUACCCUAUCUCCAACUUCUGUGGCAACGAAUACCUCCAAUUCUAGCCCGCCCUUUAGAGGACCUGUCCCAAGUAAGAAGAGCGAAGAUAAUGGAUGCCUCGAUUUGAGUACGAGUACAGUUGCCACAAGUACUGCCUCUAUCACAACUGUUACUCCAACGUCAACAUCUUUUACACCUUCUAUUACCGAGGAACAGACUAAAAAUGGAGUUGAAACUCUACGGAAGUGUCAUAUUUGCAGUGCAGAGCUGAGUGGAAAUAUUGAGGAGUUGGCACGCCACCUUGCCUUUGUGCAUUUAAUCCCUAUGCCUCUGAUGAUUGGACAAUUAGCCGCGGUGGCAGCUGGGAUGAAAGAUGGACAGAACAAACCUCCCUCAAGUAGCUCCACCCCUCAGAAUCUUCCACCUGUUUCACCUUUGCCUACCUUGGGAGCUCCGGGCCUACUGUCACUUCAUGAAAAUAUUCCACGUUGUGGAUGGGACCUAUCAAGUCUUCUAGUUAUGUCAAAUUCCCUCGGACAGAAUUCCCCAAAUGAACGAUUGUCUCAUUUGCCUUUACCCUUCGGCCAACUUGAGGGUUUACCUCAACAAAAUCCCCCACCACCUUUUCCUCUCGGUUCCAAGAAUCUCUUCGGUCUUAACUUUGAUCUCCCACCUCUACCGCUGCUUGAACAGAAUGGAGACAGCACUCAACGUAACCCACCAACAACUGAGCCAGAUUUCAAACGAGCUCGUGUGGAGGCUCCAUUAAGCAUGGAAGGCAACCCCUUCUUCCCUCGAUUUCAAGCAAACUCUACAGGAGGAGGAGGAGGAUUGCAAACCCCCUCGAGUCUUUGUACACAAAGUAGCCAGCAACCAUCGCCACUUCUUCCUGGUUUUCUACCCAGAAUGGGUUUCCCAUCUACGCCCACUGGAGCCCAGCAGUUACACCAGCCACUAUCGAAAGCGUCUAGUCUCAAGGGGCCCUCUGAAAGUCGAUCUCGCCAGGGCGAUGAGAGCUCAAGCAGUGGAGCUAACUCUGGAGCACCCCCUGGUAUUGUCCACAACACGUUGAGGAAAACUAAAUCAGAUAUGAAAGUCAUUCAUAGAUACUUGGUACAGGUAAAAAAUGAUACUCGUGAAAUUCACGAAAUUCCGCCGCAGGAUUUGUGCAAUUAUAUUCAGGAUUUCAUCGUAACUGCUAAGAAAAAGGACGGACAUGAAUAUGAACCGGAAUCUCUCAAAGCUUUCGUCCAUUCUCUUGAACGACAUUUAAAGUAUCACAAUUACCCCCACUCGGUGCUUAAGGAUCCCGAAUUUGCACCUGCUAGACUGGUACUUAGCCAACGAUUGAAUGAAUUGAGGGCACUUAGCCAGGCUAACGGCAGUGCAAACGCACACAGAAGUCAAAUGGAAGGAGGAAAGUGCAGUGAUUUUGGAUUCCCCGAGUCUCAUGACGGCAACAAGAUUGUUAAUUUCAAUGUGCUAUUGCAAACUGGUCUCCUUGGCCCCUCCAACCCACAAGCACUGCUAAAUAGUAUUUGGCUAAUUGUACGAACCCAGUUUAAUGUGGUUGGAACUCAGAAGCAUCGAACGCUAACUUGGGGUCAAUUCCAGUGUGUCACCAAUGGAAACGCUCAGGAUCUCCUGAGAUUUACUUCACGGUCGGGUUCACAAGAAGUUAAAUUCUGUCAUGGGCAUGGUGGACCGAUGGGAGUUCGAGUAUUUGAUGGUUAUGAAGGCAGUAGUAGCAAUGGUAACUCCAAAAGACAGACACUCCCAUUCGACUGCGUGGAAAUAUUCAAUUUCUUCGCUCGUCUUCGUCCGGCGGAAUGCCGAGGUCCAGAUGAACCUUUGUACCUCUGUCCAGACCCCUCAUGGGAACGUGGAGGACCGUGGUUUAAACCAAUAUUGGCUGGAGCUCAACUUCUUUCCAGAAUUCCCCGUCUUUUAGGAAUGAAACCCCCACGUGAUCAAAUGCCCCCAACUCAGCUACCCUCACAACUGCCGGUCCCCGAUGGACCGAUGAAUUCUCUCAUCCCUAAUCCCCACAAUAUGCAAUCAUUCUCCCAGCUACGAGAUAAUCUCCUUGCAACAAUGAAUUCCCUCAUGACCGAUAAACUCGGAAGGUCUGAAGGGUCAGGACAGCCCUUGUUUCCACCCUCAUUUCUGAAUUCUCAAAGCGGCUUAGCUCCUGAAAAUUUGAGUCUUUUAGCGGCUGGUGGAAUGGGUCAGUUCUCUCAAUCAUCAAUGGAAGAGAUCGGGAAACUCCUUUCUGGUGGUGAUCAGGAGUCGAAACCCGCUCAUCCAACUUGGAAUGGUAGUCCUAUUGAAUCAUCUAUUGAUGGUUCUGGAGACGAAACCUACAUCUCCUCGCCCAAGAGUCUCCCUUCUCAGACUAUAGUCAACAAUGCUUCUGCAAUUCUCCCUGAACGUAAGCCUACCCUGACUCCUUGA